CGCGCGUAGCGGGCACCGCUUGCACGCUCACCUCCGCCGCCGAGGAGCGGAGCCCGGCUUGAGGCACGUCUGAGCCUCGGGAAGCGGUGCUCCCCUGUGUCCUCCGCACCCACGCCCCUUCCCCACUGCAACAGGUCAGGGGAGGGCGGAGGCGGCGAGGGCGCCGGGCACUGCCUGGAGGACUAAGGCUUCGGAAGAUGAAUAGACUCACCACUUUCCACUGACUGGCAGCAAUGGCAUUUACUGAAAGAGUUAACAACAGUAGCAACAGCAGCUUGUACAAUGAGGACAGAAACCUGCUUCGAAUUAGAGAGAAGGAAAGACGCAACCAGGAAGCUCACCAAGAGAAAGAGGCAUUUGCUGAAAAGACCCCCCUUUUUGGAGAGCCUUACAAGACUGAAAAAGGCGAUGAGCUGUCUAGUCGCCUACAGAACAUGUUGGGAAAUUAUGAAGAAGUGAAGGAGUUCCUUAGUACCAACUCCCACCCCCAGCACUCGGAUGCUUCUGAGAAUAGGCUGGGGAAACAGAGAUAUCCUUUGUUUCCUGAGAAGGGGAGCGGCAUUCCAUCCCACUCCUUCCAUACUAGUGUCCACCACCAGCCUGUUAACACUCCUGCCUCUGGCCCACUUCCUGUUGGUAACAUUAGCCACAAUCCAAAGAUGGCACAGCCAAGAAUGGAACCAAUGUCAAGUCUCCAUGUCAAAAGCUACUGUCCACCAGACAGCCAGCAUCUGACCCAAGAUCGCCUUGGUCAGGAGGGUUGUGGCUCUAAUCAUCACAAAAAAGGUGACCGCAGAGCUGGUGGAGGAGAACACUGUGCUUCAUUGACGGACUCAGCUCCAACGAGGGAGCUUUCUCCCUUACUCUCCUCUUUGUCUUCCCCCAUGCCCCCUUUGUCACCUAUACAUUCCAACCAGCAGACUCUUCCCAGGACACUAGGAAGCAACAAGGUUCACAGCAGUAACAGUAAUAGUAAAGGCUUCUACAGGGCCAAAUCUCCAAAGGACCUCACAGUAAAGGCCCUUGAGAGAGAUAUCCCUCAAGACAGUUUGGUGGCAGUCGCCAGCCUUGGAGUAGCCCCUCCCCAGGCACCUUCUCAGGCUUUCCCCCAACCUCCUCUCCCCUCAAAAUGCAUCACAAUGCAGCAAAAACCUACCGCUUAUGUCCGGCCCAUGGACGGUCAAGAUCAGGCUCCUAGUGAGUCCCCUGAACUGAAACGGCCACCAGAGGACUACCGGCAACAGACCUUUGAAAAAACAGACUUAAAAGUGCCUGCCAAAGCCAAGCUCACCAAGCUGAAGAUGCCUUCUCAGUCUGUUGAGCAGACCUACUCCAAUGAAGUCCAUUGUGUUGAAGAGAUUCUGAAGGAAAUGACCCAUUCAUGGCCUCCUCCUUUGACAGCAAUACACACGCCUAGUACGGCUGAGCCAUCCAAAUUUCCUUUCCCCACAAAGGAGUCCCAGCACAUCAUUUCUGCAACUCAAAACCAAAAGCAUGAUACAUCUUCAAAAACCCACCCUAAUUCUCAGCAAGGAACAUCAAUGCUUGAAGAUGAUCUCCAGCUCAGUGACAGUGAGGACAGUGAUGGCGAACAAGCCCCUGAGAAGCCUCCUUCCACAGCUGCACCUGCAAGUGCUCCUCAGUCGCUGCCAGCAGCAGUGGCCUCCACGAAUUCCAGCAGCGCCGAAUCUGAGACCACCAGCGACUCCGACAGCUCCUCGGACUCAGAGAGUGAGAGCAGUUCAAGUGACAGUGAAGAGAACGAGCCCCUAGAAACUCCGGCACCUGAGCCUGAGCCUCCUACAACAAACAAAUGGCAGCUGGACAAUUGGCUGACCAAGGUCAGCCAACCUGCAAUGCCCCUGGAUACCCUGGGGAGUACAGAGACCUCACCCCGGCACCUGGACAGUAAAUCCAAGGCCUGCAGCGACGGUGGCAGGAGCACUGCUGGUCACGAGCACUCAGAAUCCAAAGAUCCUCCCCCUAAAUCCAGCAGAGUCCCCCGGGUUCCUUCCGAAGGCCCCCAUGCUGGCAAGAGACACUGUCAGAAGUCCCCUGUCCAGCAGGAACCCCUACAGAGGCAAAUUGUUGGAACCAAACAACCCAAGAGACCUGUCAAGGCCUCUGCUCAGACAGACUCUGGGGCCAGCUUGCAGGUGGAAAGUGAGCUGGGACUUCUUCCCUAUGGCUCCAAAGACCAGCCUUCCAAAGACAAGCCCAAGGUGAAGACGAAAGGGAGGCCCCGUGCUGGAGAAAGCAAAGAGCCCAAGCCAGCUAUGCCCACUCCCAGUGACAGGAAGAAGCACAGGGGCGCCCCCCACGCCCCCUCAAAGGCGCUCUCGGGCCCAGAGCCCACGAAGGACAAUGUGGAGGACAGGAGCCCUGAGCACUUUGCCCUGGUUCCCUUGACUCAGACCCAGGGUCACCCCCAUGGCGGUGGGGGCAGGACUAGUGGCUGCCGUCGUGCCGUGGUGGUCCCAGAGGACCGCCGGAAGGACAAACUCUCGGUGCCUUUGAGAGACACCAAGCUGCUCUCCCAACUCAGGGACACUCCUCCCCUACAAAGCUUGAUGGUGAAGAUAACCCUAGACCUUCUUUCUCGGAUACCCCAGCCACCUGGGAAAGGGGGCCGCCCAAAGAGACCAGAGGACAAGCAGCCACCUGCAGGGAAGAAGCUCGACCCUGAGAAGAGAAGUUCCGACAAUUCAAGCAAGUUGACCAAAAAGAGAAAGGGUGAAGCAGAAAGAGACCAUGAUAACAAGAAAGUCAGACUGGAGAAAGAAAUCAAAUCACAGUCAUCAUCUUCAUCCUCCUACAAAGAAUCUUCUAAGUCAAAACCGUCCAGGCCCUCCUCUGAGCCCUCCAAGAAGGAAAUGCCCCCUCCGCAAACUAUGCCCUUGUCCUCCCAGAAGCCAACCAAACCUGCACAAAAGAGGCCAAAGCGGGAAGCAGGUCUCUGUGGCCAGGACCCUCCCAAAAGUGCCAAUAGUAGCAAGAGCAGCCAUAAAGACUCUUCCUCUUCCAAGCACAGACGAGUAGAGGGGAAGGGCUCUGGGAGUUCUGCAGAGCACAGAGGAUCUUCUGGAGAUAUUGCAAAUCCUUUUCCAGUGCCUUCUUUGCCAAAUGGCAACUCUAAACCAGGGAAGCUUCAAGUGAAGUUUGACAAACAACAAGCAGAUUUUCACAUGAAGGAGGCCAAAAAGUUGAAGGACAAAGCAGAAUCAACGACAGACAAGGUUGCAAAGGCUUUUAAGUACUUGGAGGCUGCCUUGUCCUUUAUUGAAUGCGGGAUUGCCAUGGAGUCAGAGAGCCCGGCGUCCAGGUCGGCUUACUCGGUGUACUCUGAAACUGUAGACCUCAUCAAAUUCAUAAUGUCAUUGAAAUCCUUCUCAGAUGCAACAGCACCAACACAAGAGAAAAUAUUUGCUGUUUUAUGCAUGCGUUGCCAGUCCCUUCUGAACAUGGCAAUGUUUCGUUGUAAAAAAGAUCUAGCAAUAAAGUAUUCUCGUACUCUCAACGAACACUUUCAGAGUUCUUCCAAAGUUGCCCAGGCACCUUCUCCAUGCAUUGCAAGAAGCACAGGCACACCCUCUCCUCUCUCUCCAAUGCCUUCUCCUGCUGGCUCCAUAGGGUCCCAGUCAAAUGCUGGCAGUGUGGGGAGCAGUGGGAUGCCCACCACCAUCAGUACCCCCGUCACUAUCCAGAACAUGACGUCUUCCUAUGUCACCAUUACUUCCCAUGUCCUUACUGCCUUUGAACUUUGGGAACAGGCUGAACUCCUUACAAGAAAGAAUAAAGAUUUUUUUGCUCAACUCAGCACAAGUGUGUGUGCCUUGGCCCUCAACAGCAGUUUGAUGGAUCUGGUGCACUAUACAAGACAGGGUUUUCAGCGGCUAAAACACAAGUAACCAAAACACCUUAACAGAGGCCCAAGUUGGUUUGAUGCCUUGGGAAAUUUUCUGCACAUUAUUUCAUCAGGACACCACGCUCAAGAAUAUAAGAACUUGAGAUAACCUGGACACUUGUCCACGUAAACUCUCAAGAGUUACGUGAUCAUUGGUUGGACAUGAUGUUUGUGCAGAAGCAGAGAGGGGGAGACUGGCCUCACAGAUGCUCUUGCCUUUCCUAACAAAAGGACAGAAGUGCAAUGUAGCCUAAGUGGACGUAUGAAUGGUCUAGAAACAUUUCCGUAGUUUUUUAACCAGCAGGAUGUAAGUCACAGAUGAAAUGCGAAGCAAAUUCAACUUUAAAAGCAAAUCCACUUCAUCUCAGUAGCCACAUUCCCGAAGGAAAAAAAUUUUAAUAAUGAAUUUUGGUGUAGGAUUUUGUGAAUUGAUUUUUUUUCCCUUAAUUUUAAGUUUGGGGGGAAGUAUUUUGUUUAAUAAAUUGUAACACUCAUCUAUAAAACAAGUUCUGAAGGACUCCACUGUACCCACUUCCUGCCAGUGAACAGUGGUUUUGAUAAUACCAAGUAUUGUCAUAAUUUAUAAAAUUAAAGGUGACUUCCACAGCCUGGAGCACGGUUCACUCUCGCUGUCAGACUUCAGCUUGCUGCGAGGGAGCGGCCGCGAGGUCUCCGCGUGGAACGAGGCUGUGCUGUGGCGCAGCCGCUUCCGCCCUGCUUCCAUGGAAGGCAGUCGCCACUGACUGUGUUCUGAAUUUCCUGCCUAGGGAAGAAGGGAACCAACAUUUAUACCAGACCAGAUGGCUAAAGUGCUUUUUAGUUUUUGUUUAAGUCGCGCUGGAAUUUGAGGUGCUGACCCUGUGGUCUGCAGUUUUUGGGUAACUCCUGUGUUUUACCAAUUUAGAGUUUUGUCAGUGAACAACAAGAAGAAAUGAAAUUUACUUCUUAGAGAGGCUAUAUUUUUCUGCUACAAAUUAUUUUAUAUUUAUAGUAAAACUAGACUUUCAGAGUCCUUGAUUGUCUAGGGGAAAAUAACUCCCUGAGAGAAUGUGGAGAUAUGGGGUGUUUAAUUAGAUUUAAAAAAAAAAAGUCACCACUUGCCUUCACUCCCGAGUAUUCUCAAUCAACUAGAUUUAAUUAGAUUGAAGAGGAACUGUGGGCUUUCCUAUGUUGCUAUUGCCAUAUUAGAUAAUAUUAAACCAAGUUCAUUUUUGAGUGACCUAAAAUGGAGAACCCAAUCAGAAUUCCCACAUAUCCAUAAAGCACAGAUCUUUCUUUUCACUGAAAUGUUGGAGGUUAUUAUUGGAGCAUUACUUUGAGUGCAGUGUUCUUUAAAUGCCAAUUAUUUUUUAAUCCCUUUUAGAAAGAACUUGCAUAUGUACUAAAAUCAAAGCAUGAGUGUUAUCUCUAUAGUUGGUUUUUGUUCCUGCCCACCCUUUCUUUUUUCCCUUCUAUAUGUUGAUUCCUCCCAAGCAUGUGACAUUUUCAUAUUUAUUUAUUAGCAAAGAAGGUAUUACCAUCUCUAUUUAUAAUGCCGAUCUAAGAUCCAUCUGAAUGUAAGAACUCUUUGGUGAUGUGGUCAAUAUAGAAAGCACACAGUGUUUUUAUGAUGCUGUUCUGUAGUGUCUUACCCAGCCUGUUCUUUUGUUGUCUAUCCAUAGCUAGAUCAGAGGUCUGUUCCUCACAUUUAGGUUAAAGCAGAGAGAAUUACCACAGUAAUAUGUGAAUAAGAACUCAAUGUAUGCUCUUGAUGAACUGUUUUCAUUUAUUGGUGGUCUAAAGCAAAGCCAUGAUGCUUCUUAAACUAGUAGAUGCUCAGUGAACACAGCUGCCUGAUGGUGCCACUUCCAUGGCGCUGCAUGUCCCUCUCACGUGGGAGACAAAGGUGAGGCUUAUGUGACAUUUAACAUCUUGUUUUCUUCUUAACUUGUUGCCUUCCCUUCACCUCACAACUCCCCAAGACAGUGUUUCAAAGGGUAAUAUUCUUUAGGAUGAGUUCUGAUCUAUGCAGAUUGGGGUGGGGGG